AUGGACGCCAACGGAGCGAGCAACACCCCGGCCAUUAAGGACGAUGUGUCGGCAAAGACCGGUCUAGGCACGAGUGCAGUCGCCGCCCCUUACGCGGUGCCCAUCUCGUCGCGACCGCCCAAACAGACCUACGUGCAGUCGAUCGUGUUCGCGCUCGUCUUCAACUUUUGCAUCAUCUCGACGCACCUCUUCCAGCUGCUCUCGUGGCCGCUCUCCCUGUUCGAGUCUACCAAGCCGAUCUACCACGAUCACAUCGCCUACUCGAAGCUGGCGUUCAGUCGAGUGCUGCUGCUCAUCUCGCAGUUCUUUGGGCCGACGCAGCUGGUCAUCUCGAUCGGCGAUGGCAAAGGUGGAUACCUGGACCCGGAGCCGUUUGUGCAUCGCGACAAGCAGAGCGGCCGGAUCGUGUCGUUCGACCUGCCGAGCCGCUCGAUCUGGAUGUCGAAUCACCAAGUGUACACGGAUUGGCUGUAUCUGUGGUGUCUCGCCUACUAUGCAGAUUUGGCCGACAGCAUUCUGAUCAUCUUGAAAAAGAGCCUCAAGUGGGUACCCUUUAUCGGGUGGGGGAUGCAGUUCUACCGCUUCAUCUUUCUGGCGCGCAACUGGGCGAGCGACCAGGCACAGCUGACGAAACAGCUCGGCGAGGUUGCCUCGCAAAACCACACCCCCGCCCCCGGCGAAACGCCUUCGACGAAUACAGCGAAAAAGCUGCUGUUGCUCAUCUUCCCCGAAGGAACGCUGGUCUCGAGCCAGACUCGACCGAUCUCGGCCAAGUUUGCCGAGAAAACGGGCAUCAAGGAUCUCGAAAAUGUGUUGCUGCCCCGUUCGACGGGGCUGUUCUUCUGCCUGCGCACACUGGCCAAGGAGAUGGACGAUCUAUGGCUCGUCGACUUCACCAUUGGGUAUCCUGGUGUGCCGCCAGCAGGGUACGGGCAGGACUUUUACACGCUCCGCUCCAUUUUCAUGCAGGGCAUCCCGCCCCCUGCGAUCCACAUCCAUUUCACGAUGACGCGCAUCACACCGCCCGUUGCAGGCGAUACGUCCUCCAACGCCCCCCCUAUCGCCCAGGUCUCCACCGCCAACAUCGACUCGCCUCCGCUGGGUGCCAACGUCAAGCCGGCAGAGAGCAGCGAGGAGGAGAGGACGGCGUUCGAACUAUGGCUGAGGCAACGAUGGUCGGACAAGGAUGCACAGAUGCACCGCUUCUACACGGACGGCGACUUCGUAGGUGGCGAGUUCGCGAAGCUGAUCAAGCAAGGGGAUAAGGUGAAUGCCACGCAACCGCAAGCAAAAUUCUUGGUGCUGCCUGCCGAAUUGCGGAGCUUGAGGGAGGUUGGCGAUGCGGCGUGCUGGGGAGUUCCUUUCAUCUUGGGUUGGAGUCUGCGCAAAGUGUACAAGAACGUGUUUGGUUAG